CCGAACCCGCGUCGGACCGGCGCCGUGCCUCCUAACCUGGUUCCGCUGGUCAACGGGAGCAUGCCGCCGGUACAUGCACUUAACGGGAGAUCCAUGCAGAUGGGGAUCCCCCCCGGUGCUUUGGCGGCGGAGCAUGUGGGCAAGCGUGCGGACGACAUGAAGGACAAACACCGCGCCGACAGCAUGAGCGACCCGAGCGACGGACACAAGCGACUCGAGGACUGGACGCAGAAGGGCAAGACGGUCCGGGAGCUGAUGACGCUGCAGAGCUUCGACCCCCGGUUCAAGAAGGAGCAUGCACCGCUCCCGCACAGGAUGGGAUACGAGAGCAGCUCCAGUGCCUUAAAAACAGACCGCGGUAAGCACUCUCGGGGAAUUAAAAGGAAACCCUCUCCCGAGCCGGACGGGGAGGGCAGCGCCGCCAAGCUCAACGGCGAGGGUCAGCCGUGGUUGCCGUCUCCAUCCGAGGUGCUUAAGAUGCCCUCCGCGGCCCUGCCGGGAUUCGCUGCCGCUCCUCCCUCGACGAUCUCCCCGCAUUCGCGCACCACCCCGCCAGAGGUUGCCACCGCCACGCAGAACGGCCAGUCGCCGAUGGCCGCGCUCAUUUUGGCCGCGGACAACGCUGGAACCGGCUCGCCUAAAGACGCCGGCAACCAGGUGCACUCCACGACCUCGUCAGCCACGGGACGGCGCAACAGCGGAAGCCCGCAAUCGCCCUCAGCCGGACAAAGGCGGCUCGCGCUGGGAACGUCGGGAACGGCGACCGCGCACAUCCCAGGCAUGGACCCGCAGGCCGGGCAUCCGCAGAGCAUUCCCGAUUCCUCGGUGCCACCCGGAAGCGUGCCGUUGUGCUGCACCCUGUGCCACGAGCGUCUCGAGGACACACAUUUCGUCCAGUGCCCAUCCGUGCCGUCGCACAAGUUCUGUUUCCCGUGUUCCCGCGAGAGCAUCAAACAGCAGGGGGCGACGGGAGAGGUUUACUGCCCGAGUGGCGAGAAAUGCCCGCUUGUUGGUUCCAACGUACCCUGGGCGUUCAUGCAGGGCGAAAUAGCCACCAUAUUGGCUGGGGACGUAAAGGUUAAAAAGGAGCGGGACCCUUGAUUUAGAUUUUCGCUCAUAAUAUACACCAAUCAUAUUGCAUACCAUCCAAACGUGAACUAACCGGACAUGUACAUAUUGAACUUACUAAGGGAACUGUACACUUGGUAAACAUGGCUGUAUAAUUUUUUUGAUUUUCCCUUUUUUGAAUACAUUGUGUUUCUAUAUUUUUUCCGAAGAUAAAACGGU